UGUCUGUAGACUAGAUUUAAUCUCCACCGCUCAUCGUCUUUUAUCUAACGUCUCACAUCUCUCCUUUUCUUAUGCUUAUCACUCUCUGUCUCUCUUAAACUUUCUCUCUCUUCUUCACUCUCUUUUUCUUUUCUUCAUUUUUACAUCAUCAAUGGCAAUAAAACCCUAAUUCUUGGAAUUUAUUGAUCUUUUUUACUUUUCCCCAAUUGUUCGUUGUUUUAGUUCGUAUUUCUUCAUUCGAAUUACUAAGUUAUAAAUUUUUUUGUUUUCUUGAGUUUCGUAAGUUUUUUGUGGUUUCUUGAGUGAAUGGAAUAAUAACAGAGAUGUAUAGGAGCAUGGCAUCAGAAGGAGAACGAUCGUUCAAUAAUGGAGAAAAAGAUUUAGAUAUGUUGUUAAAAGAGAGAGAAUUGGGUUUCGACAUUUUCCGAAGUCCAUCAGCGCCGCCAACAAUCGAAGGUAACAGUAUCGGAGUUUCAUUUUCCGAAGAUAAUGGUGGCGUCGGUGGAGUUUCACGUGAAGUGUCGGAAAAUGAGUAUAGGUCUGAUCCAGCUUACAUUAACUACUACUAUUCGAAUGUUAAUUUAAAUCCUAGGUUACCACCGCCAUUGCUGUCUAAGGAAGAUUGGAGGUUCUCUCAAAGGUGGAGUGGUGGGCCUGAACCUGGGCUGGGAGGGAUUGGUGAUCGGAGGAAAGUGUCUGGGGGUAGUAAUAACAGGGAUGAACAUGAAGAGUUUAAUGGGAGUAAUGUUCGUGGUAACAUUGUUGAAAGUAAUAAUAAUAAUAAUAAUAAUAAUAAUGGUGGAACUGGAAGUUCUUUGUUUUCAAUUGGGUUUAAUGGCGUACAAGAGGAAGGAAAUAAUGGACAAAAUGAGUGGAAUGGUGUUGGAUUGCCUGGGUUAGGAAUGGGGAGAAGGCAGAAGAGUUUUGCUGAAAUUAUUCAGAAUGACUUGAAUAGUUCUAGCUCUACUGCGAGGAUUCCUUCUCGUCCAGCUAGCCGCAAUGCAUUUGAUGAGACCAUAAGUUCAGAGGCUCAGAUGGCUCCCCUCUUCUCAACCGAAGCUUCACGUGGUAGAAAUCUGCAAGGCCUUUCAGUAAAUCACAAUGCUGAUGAUUCUGCGUCUCUUAGUUAUGCUUCUGUUUUGGGUGCGUCUUUGUCAAGGAGCACUACCCCCGAUCCUCAGCUCAUAGCUAAAGCUCCUAGCCCUCGCAUCCCAACAGCUGGUGAAGUUAGGGUUAACUCUAUGGACAAAAGAAGUGUUCACAGUCCCAAUUCUCUUCAUGCCACCAUGAACGGCCCUGGUGCUGCUGAUCUUGUAGCUGCUUUGUCAGGCAUGAGUCUAUCUUCCGAUCCACAGAUGGAUGAAGAAAGGCAAAUGAGGCCUCAGUUUCAGCAUGGUGUCAGUGGACACCGGAACCUUUUCAAUUUACAUGGCAACCAUAACCAUGUCAAACAGACCCAACACUUGAAUUCUGCUGACUUUGCUCCAUUUCUGCAGCAGUCUGUAUCACAUUCUACUAAAGGGUCAUAUCCCAUCAAAGGAAAAGGCGGUAGUGUUGGAAUGGAUCCAAAUUACUACUUGAGGUCCGAUGGCUUUGACCAACACAAGCAUGGUGCACCUAAUUCACCCUCUAACUUUCACAUUGUUGGAAGCCCUAGCUCAGCUAUUCCAAACUACAGCCUGAGUGGACACAAUAUCAAUCCUGCUUUGGCUUCAAUGAUGGCAGGUCAGCUUGGCAGUGGGGCAAUGCCACCAUUAUUUGAAAAUGCUGCUGCUUCUGCUAUUGGUGUGGGUGGCUUGGAUUCUAGGAGACUGGGAGGGAGUGUAUCUUCGCGAGCAAACUUGAUGGCUGCUGCAGCAGAGCUUCAAAAUCUCGGUAGGGGGGGAAGUCAGUCUCAGCUGGACCCCUUAUAUCUGCCGUACUUAACAUCAAAUGACUAUUCUGCUGCCCAAUUGGCAGCUCUGAAUGACCCUUUCCUUAAUGGGAGCAACUCUUACAUUAAUUUUUUAGCACUUCAGAAAGCUUAUACGGGAACGUUGCUGCCACCACAAAAAUCAGAUCGACUGUACCUUGGUAAAUCCGCUGGACUGAAUCAUGGUUAUUAUGGAAACCCUGGUUUUGGGAUUGGCACAGGGUUUGGUGGAAAUCAUUUCGCAAGCUCACUCCUUCCUAACUCUCCUAUUAGCCCUGGGAGUCCUUUGAGACAAGGGGAAAGGAAUAUGGGGUUGCCUUCUGGGAUGAGAAAUUUGGCAGCUGGUCUAAUGGGAAACUGGCGAUCAGAAGCCGAUGGCUUUAUGGAGAAUAGUUUUGGAUCUUCUCUGCUUAAUGAAUUUAAGAGUAACAAGACUAGAAGUUUUGAGCUUUCAGAAAUUGCUGGUCAUGUUGAUGAAUUUAGUAUGGAUCAGUUUGGGAGUCGCUUCAUCCAGCAGAAACUUGAAACAGCUUCAACAGAAGAGAAGAACAUGGUUUUCCAUGAAAUUAUUCCCCAAGCAUUGUCACUGAUGACAGAUGUCUUCGGCAACUAUGUGAUUCAAAAGUUUUUUGAGCAUGGAACUGCUUCCGAAAUUAGGGAGCUGGCUGAUAAACUCUCUGGUCAUGUUCUAACACUGAGCCUUCAAAUGUAUGGCUGUAGAGUAAUUCAGAAGGCCAUUGAAGUUGUUGCUUUAGAUCAGCAGAAAAAGAUGGUUGUGGAACUAGAUGGUCAUGUGAUGCGCUGUGUACGUGACCAAAAUGGGAAUCAUGUCAUCCAGAAAUGCAUCGAGUGCAUACCUGAAGAUUCUAUCCAGUUCAUUAUAUCAACUUUUUAUGACCAAGUUUUGACAUUGUCAACCCAUCCAUAUGGGUGUCGUGUUAUCCAGAGAGUUUUGGAACACUGCCAUGAUCCAAUAACCCAGCGCAUUGUGAUGGAUGAGAUUAUGCAAUGUGUCUGCAUGUUGGCUCAGGACCAAUAUGGAAAUUAUGUUGUCCAGCAUGUACUGGAGCAUGGAAAGCCACAUGAACGCUCUGCUAUCAUAACCAAGUUGACUGGCAAGAUUGUUCAAAUGAGUCAACAAAAGUUUGCUUCAAAUGUGAUAGAAAAAUGUCUCGCAUUUGGGGAUGAAACUGAGCGUCGUAAUAUGGUGAAUGAAAUUCUUGGAGCUACCGAUGAUAAUGAGCCGCUUCAGGUAAUGAUGAAAGACCAGUUUGCAAACUAUGUUGUACAAAAAAUGCUGGAGACUUGUGAUGACCAGCAACUUGAAGUGAUUCUCUCGCGAAUAAAGAAUCAUCUGAAUGCAUUGAAGAAGUAUACAUAUGGAAAGCAUAUUGUUGCUCGUGUCGAAAAACUUGUUGCAACUGGAGAGAGAAGAAUCAGUUUGCAGACUCCCUAUCCUGCUCCAACGGCAUAGAAGAAAAAGGUGGUUAUACAGCUAACCAAGGCUAGUAUGAAAGUGCUCUCUCUACCCUUAGUUUUGGUUGUUCUCCCGUCUAUGGAGUUAAUUUGGACCGACAGCAAAAUGGGAAAUAAAAGUUUGCUUUUGUACGUAUAAACCUGUAUAUUGUAGCGUUCUUUCGUUUACUGAGGAUUUAUACCUAGAGAACCAGGUUAGUUUGAGGCUCAAAUGAUAUAAGAUACCCGACGCCCCCUCCCCUUGCCGAGGAGACUAAAAAACUUUACUGUACAAGUUUCGAGGGUGUAUAGAGAAGGCUAUUAAGGUAGUAAAUUUUCGACUUUUGAAUGUACAGAAUGUCGCUAGACGCAGAAGAUAAGAGAGACGAGAGAAGAGAGCUCCCAUGUUAGAGUUGAGGCUAUAAGUUUUUCUUUUUACUUGUAUCGAAUUGAUAAUUUCUUCUUUGAAAGGAACAAUUUUCUCAUA